GAAACUAAACACCCGGAACGACCUUUGCGGUCCGGGGCCGUGGUAGCCCGGAGCCUAUGUCUCCGCCCACCGGCAGGACUGGCUCCGCCCCCACUCCGCCAGCUAGGCCGUCAGGUGAUCGUAGGCCGGCGUGGUCACGUGGACCGGGCGGGCGCGCCCGAGCUGGCCAUGGCGGCCGUGGUGUCCGGUGUGGUGAGGCGGGUGGAAGAGCUCGGGGACCUGGCUCAGGCCCACAUACAGCACCUUAGCGAAGCCGCGGGGGAAGACGAUCACUUUUUAAUUCGGGCCUCUGCAGCUCUAGAAAAAUUGAAACUUUCAUGUGUUGAAGAGAAGGAAUGUUCAAAUCCAUCAAAUCUUUUGGAACUCUACACACAGGCCAUAUUGGACAUGACAUAUUUUGAGGAGAAUAAGCUAGUGGAUGAGGAUUUUCCUGAAGACUCUUCUCCCCAGAAAGUAAAAGAGCUGCUCACUUUUCUAUCAGAACCAGAAAUUUUAGUUAAAGAAAACAGUAUGCAUCCCAAACUGUGUGAUUUGCUUGGCGAUGAGCUACUGGAAUGCCUCUCUUGGAGACGAGGGGCCCUGUUGUAUAUGUAUUGCCAUUCUCUCACUAAGAGAAGGGAGUGGCUCCUGAAAAAAUCUAAUCUCCUUCGAAAGUACCUUAUUGAUGGGAUCAGUUACUUGCUGCAGAUGCUAAAUUAUCGAUGCCCUAUCCAGUUAAAUGAAGGUGUUUCUUUCCAAGACCUAGACACAGCUAAAUUGCUGAGUACAGGAAUAUUUAGUGAUAUUCAUGUGCUGGCCAUGAUGUACAGUGGAGAAAUGUGCUACUGGGGAUUAAAGCAUUGCACAGACCAGCAGUCAGAAAAUUACGAAGUUGACACUGAUGUGUUUGGAGCAAGCGGUACCACACACAAAGAACCCUUGGAUUUCCGAGAAGUAGGAGAAAAAAUUUUGAAGAAGUAUGUGUCAGUGUGUGAAGGACCUCUGAAGGAGCAGGAGUGGAAUACAACGAAUGCAAAGCAGAUAUUAAGCUUCUUCCAGCAGCGCUGUAGCUAGGUGUUCAUUUAGUCUUCACAACUCCAAAGAAGAUCGCUGAGAUGAAAAAGAAGUCUUCAGAAAAGGAGAUGCACCACACUGAUCUGGAGAGUUAUUACACUAUGUAAAGAUGCCCGAGUGGCUACCCUUCUCUAGUGCUGUCACCUUACAUUGUAUAGUCUUAAAUCUGUGAAGAAAGUAUUCUCUAACUUCUAAAAUGGCAUAUAUGUUAUUCUAACUGAACUUGAAUUACAUACAGCCCUGCCACUGGUAAGGAGGAACCCAAUGUAGAUUGACAGUUUUCUAAUAUUUUAGGUUAUAUUUUCAUUGUGGUAAAAUAUAUGUAACACACAAUCUCCUUAUUUUGAAGUGUGCAUAUUUCAAAGGUAAAAAUCAGUUUUUCUCCUUGUUUCAGAUAUAUACUGUGGAUAUAAAUGUAGGCCAUUAAAUGAUUAUGACUAAUAUUUAAAUUUUAUUUCCAGUUAAGCUAAACAUCAAAAGAUUUAAAAAAUGAAUAUUUAUUUUGCCAUGUUAUUACUAGUAAUACUUAAAUUAUUUACUUAUCUAUUUUAUAAAUUAUUUUCUUGUUUUGUUUAAGACAAAAAAUGCAUGGUUUCUCCAAAAAUGAAGAUAAAAAUCAGUGUAGGUGAGUAUCAUUAGUUCAGGUGCUUUUAGGGCACAUCUUUGCGUAUAAUGAACUUUACGUUUUGCCUUUAGCAGGAUUGAAAUGCUGAAGGCAAAAGAACCUAGUUUGCUGUCUUGCUGUCUGUUUUUCUGCCUACCUCAACCUUGCAGUGGUCUGUAUGAUGCCUUCUGAUGCAGUAGGCUCUGUAGCCGCGACAUCUUCACACUCCAGUACUUCCUGUGACUAAAUAUCAGCCAUGCUCGGCUUCUCUUUCUAAAAUUGUAAAUUUCAGUAACUGAUGACAAUUCUCACCUUCCCAGCUUUUAAAUUUUUCUUAUUUUAUUGCUUUAUUUUUCUGUUUUUGUUUUUGUUUUUUUCCUAUUACUUUCAACCUUUUCAGGGGCUUUUCUUGACAGUCGUCCUAACUCCUGAACAGUGAAGCCUCUUUUAUGCUUUUCUGCAUUGUUUUCUCUUCCACACUAUCUGUUAGUGUCAUACUUGGCAGGCUCUCUACACUGUAUUAAUCUUGGCAGCCAUUCAUUCUUAGGAGGCUAAGUUCUAUGAAAGGCAGGCAGUUCUUUAAAGCAUAUUACUACACAUGCGAAAUCACUUAGAAGAACCGUAACUACAAGGUACUACGGUGCCUCUCCUUUGCCACUGUGGUAGAAACAAAUUUCAUAUCUCCUUUACAUUGUUCUUUCACAGAAUGUUUAGGUUAUGAGGGAGUCAACUCAUAUUUACUCAUUUUUCUGUUUUAAAGGGAAAGCAGCUCUACUUUCUGUUGAAGACUAAUUUUUAUUAUUUCCUUUGUUUCUCUUAGAGUUCAUGAGAGUUCUGUUUUCUUCCAUUUUUUUUUUUCUCUCUCUUUUUCUUUUUCCUCCAAAUACUCAUUGUAAGCAGUAUUUUUCACAGCCAUGGUGGCUUGUGCCACCUGUAGUAUCAGGCUGAUUUCCAUGCUAGGAACUGAAAACCCGGUCUCCUUGUUCUCUGAGCUUUAUUUUUAGCUGCCUGUUAAAUGUCUUCAUUUUCAUUUUAAGUUCAGUAUGGACAAACAACAAAUUUUCAUAUUUUAUGGAAAAAAUCUCUGCUUUAUUUCCCCCCAGUUAUGUCUAUUUUUCCAAGUAGGGAAACAAAAGGCUUCCCAUCCCAUCUUCAUUUCUAUACACAAUCUGAUUUGUGUUCUAGAACAAUCUUUUUCAAACAUCAAAAUCCCUGGCCCCUUUUUGAUAAAUAAAAUUCUGAAUAAACAUUGGAAGUCAGGGGAGAGUCUGCCAUCCCUGCUACAGCCCCUGCCCUAUCUUUAUACAACCAAGAUUUUUAUGUAACCUAGCAUUUUAGCAAGUUUUAUUAUAACACCUAAGCUUUCUAAAAUUAAAUAAUCUUUUAAUGUGAAUUUUAGAAGCACAGAUUUCUUCAGUGGAUCAUAAUUAAUCAAGUGCUUCCAGUACCUUUCCCAAAUGCACUUAUGUUAUACAACCUUAAUACCUUAAUGGCCAGAUUAUCCUUUACUUGUAUGAUAUACCUUUAGUAAUACUGUAUCCAAAGGCCCUUUUCUGCCCUUUCCAGUAGAAAUUAGAUGCUCUUUUAUUUUCUCUAUUUUGCUUUCCCAUAUUACCACAGUACAAUGUGUUCCAAUUAUUUUCCUUGCUGCUGAAUGAACUCCAUAUCUUACAAUUUUAUCUUUACAUGUACUGCUCAUUGCAUGGUGGGUAAUAAUGUUUUUGAAUUAAUGAGGCAUGAUUUAAAAUGCCGAAUUUUGCACAAAAGGGUUGCUGCUAUUGCUUUCCAAACUGCCAUGCCCUCUAUACCAGUGGUUAAUACAGCAAAGGGAAAUAUAUAUAUAUAUAUAUAUAUAUAUAUAUAUAUUCCUCGGAGGAGUAAAGUGUUACUUGGACUAAACCUGAGAAAAUAAGACUGUCUUCAGAAGCUGAGAGCUUCCAUUUUUGCCUUUAUGACCUUUGUGGGCUCACUGGUUGGUACAGUUAUGAGGGUAUUCCUGGGUGCUUUUUGUACAAAUAAUUCCCCCCUCUUCCAACAAUUGGAGAACAAUUUGUAGACCAUAAUAGUUGUAGUACUUUCUACUUGGUGUUAUUAAAGAACAAUGCAUUUUUUUGUGUUCAUUUAAUCUUGAUGAGUAAAUUGUUUUAUUUAGAAUGAGGUAAUCUCAAAAUACCAAAUACUACACAUAACGACAAUAACUAAACCUAUAAUAGACUCUUUCAGCAAUUACUGUGUGUCUGUUACAUGCCAUAUUUUAUCUAGGCACUGAGGAUAGAGGUUGUGAACACCCUCCUAUUAAGGCGCUUUUAGUGGAGGAAGAAGAUCCAGAAUGCCAAUACACUAUAAAGCAUUAAGCAGGGGUAAGGGGCUAAUGUGACUUGGAGAUGGGUGCUGUUUUAUUUAGAAUGGUUAGAAAGGCCCAGCUAAAUACCUGUUUUCAAUUUCCAGGCUGCUGUUUAGAUGCCUUGUAUCUUCAGUACUCUGAAAGAUUUUCUUAAUGGAAGUCACUAUUUAAAACCUUCUCAUUUUUAUUUCGUUUGAUGGAUUUCUCAUCAGUGGCGUUUCUAAUGCAUACUGCCUAAAGGCCUUGGGCUUUUUAUUCAUUUCAAGUGGUUUUCUCUCUACAUUCCAGAUCCCUUUUCUGUCUUCUAUACGGUUACUACAUCUGCCCACAGAAGCCAAAACUCUGUAGUUUCUUUAGUAUCACUUCCUGAUAUAUUUUAAACACAAUAUGAAGUAACAUAGUAUGAAAAUAUUACAUUAAGAGGUACUUAAAUAUAGACACAAUUAGUGUAUACAUUAUAUAUUCAUGCUGCUGUUUAGUAGUUUUUGUUUUCCUCCUAGUGAAAAUCAAUUUAUCUUGUUUGAAUUCUCUCGUUUAUUAAAUGUAAAAUGUUACAGGAUAUUCCACAACCCUUAAUUGUUUAUCAUUCUUUACUCAGUAUGAAUUUUCUGAUAUGGAGCGGGCUGGGCUUUAAGACUUGAUUUAAAUCGAGUCUGUCUCUUGCUAUAUUUAUAAGCUUUCUGGUUACUGUGCAUUAUUUGAUGCUAAAGCACAUAUAUUACAUUCCCUUAUCCUUUACUUACAGUGAGUUGAGUGAGGUGAGAGUCAUGACUAAAAGGCCAUCAUACAAUUACAUUCCUAGCUUUACAGUCUUGUGUUCAGUAUUCUGAUGGUCAGUAACGUAUGAACUGUGUGAAGGCAUUCUCAGUUGUUUUCAUGACAUUUCAAAAUCCCACCACUACUAACAUGGUCUACUAUUAGAUUGCUUGUCUCCUUGGUCCAUCUUUCCAGGGCCCUUUUUGUAAUAUCAUGAGAAUACUUCAUCUUCCACAGAAUCCAGGAUUCCAUAGUUCUCUAGAAUUACUUACCCUGAAUUAUUUUAAUAUAAAAUGAAAUAUAUUAUGGAAGUAUUAUCAAUAUAAGCUUAAUGUAGCCAGAAUUGAAAGUAUUCAUUAUGUACUUAUGCUGGUGUUCAGUAGUUUUGUUUUUGCAACUUUUAAUGAUAUUUUUCAACUACAGUGUUUUGGAACAUAUGGUUAAUAAAAUCACAUUCCUGUACUUGUUUUUUGUUUUCUUUUAUAUUUUAUUCUUGCAUCAGAAUAAAAUCAUUUUCUUCUCA